CGGACCGCAUAGUGUCGUUGCAUCGCAUCUCUGACAUCUCUCCCAUCAUGCGUUUCUCUCAAACACUCGGCCUGCUCGCAGCCGUCACCGGCGUGCUCUCCCACGGGAUCGAGCUGCCGGCCGGCGUCCCCAGGUCUCUGGAGGAGUUCCGCGAGAAGCACCCUUACACGGCCCCUUCCCACGGGUGUCGUAAGACUAUCCAGAUCCGCGCGUCUAGCAACGCCACGGACGACGUCUCCGAGGACUUCAAGAAGGGUCUCGAGGAGGCCAACAACGGCGGUACCCUGUACCUGCCCAAGGGCAAAACAUUCGUCAUUGCAAAGGCCCUUGACUUGACCUUCCUCAACGACGUUCACGUCCGGUUGGAGGGUGAGAUCAAGUUCACAGAUGAUGUCAAGUACUGGCAGACAAACGCAUUCACGCAUCCUUUCCAAAGAUCUAUCAUGUUCUGGAAAUGGGGCGGAAAGGAUAUCAAGAUCUAUGGUGAUGGUGUCAUCAACGGACAAGGCCAACGCUGGUGGGAUGAGUUCAACUCCGGAAUUGGAUCAAUCCUCAACCCCGACAACAAGUACCUGCGACCUAUCCUGUUCUACGUGGAGAACACUACGAACUUGGAAGUCGAAGGCAUCCACAUGAAGGACGCUCCUUGCUGGACCAACUUCAUCGUCGGAUCGAGCAACAUUGAGUACAGAGACGUCAUUGCCACCGCCAUCACCAACAACGGCAGCAUCAUCCCCAAGAACACCGACUUCUUCGACUCGCUGGACGUCCAGGACGUCAAGAUCGAGCGCGUGUGGGUCAACAUUGACGACGACUGCUUCUCCCCCAAGUCGAACAACACCAACCUCUACGUGAACACCAUGUACUGCAACGGUACUCACGGCCAGUCCAUUGGAUCUCUGGGCCAGUACCCCGGCGAGAUGUCGUUCGUCAAGGAUGUCCACAUUGAGAACGUGUGGAUGUUGAACGGAGACUACUCUGGCGCCCGCAUCAAGACCUGGGCCGGUCCUAACGUGGGAUAUGGCUUUGUCGACAACAUCACGUACAAGAACUUCUGGGUCGCCCGAAUGGACUACGGUGUCAUUCUCGACUCUUGCUACUUCAACAUCAACGAAACAACCUGUGAGCAGCACCCGUCCGGAAUGAACGUCUCGAACGUCCUUUUUGAAAACUUCACCGGCUACACCAGCGGUAUCUACGGCAACGCCGUCGCCAAGCUGACGUGCUCGACCAACCCUGACGCCGUCUGCCACAACAUCAAGUUCAAGAACUUCAACGUCACCUCGCCCUGCGGCGGAGAGCCCGUCGUCAUCUGCGACGGCAUCGACGGUGGCCUGGAUGCCCCUUGUGUCAGCAUCGACAGCGACGAGGCCAAGGCUGCUCUGGCGGCCAAGUGCCAGACUCCCCUUGCCCCGAUUAACGAGCAUCCGUGGUAAAGUCUCGUAAAUGCUUCGAAUAGGGAUUCCAAAUUUGGGGGUGGGGAGGGGUCUCACCAAAACUAGAAGCUUUUUUUUUUUUUUUUUUUUGCUGGGUUUGAAAAGGUUUUUGCAUUCAGACACAUGUAAAUACAGCGAAAAAGAUGUUUAUGAACGGGAAAAUUCUCUUCCGCCACCUGGAUUGCGGACAGUAAGAAAGGAAAGAAAGACAGAAUGACAGGAAAAGGACCUGUCAGUCCUUGGACCAGUACCCGACUUCUCCUU